UAAUCGUCAGAUUAAUCGAUGAUGAGAAUAAUCGUUAGUUGCAGCCCGAGUGUGAUCUGAGUCAUGGCUCCGUCAUGUUUUGUUAUUCUUGUUUUUGUCACUGUUGACAACCUUUCUUCAUCUCGUUUGUUUAGUUUGAGUUGACAACAGCAACUUUUAGACAAACGAAAAGUCACUUUAUUUUAUUCUCUUUGUCUUAUUGUUUCUAUUUCUGUGGCGCACGUGUUUAUCAAUAUCAUUCUCUGCCUGCCAUUUUCCCUCAUCUCUCUUGCUCAGUGCAUCAUUGUUCUCCUCCUCUUCCUCCUCCUCUUUCUCUUCUCCCUCACAUACACACUUACCAUGCAGGAGGUGUAACCCUCCGGCCUCUUCUUUCUUGUGAGCCACUGGAGGAAAACACCCCCAACAGAAAACAGAAGAAGAAAACACUGCACGUGUAAGCACCAGUUGAGAUGUCAGACCCGGACGCCUCCUCGCCGCCGGACCCUCCGCUGCCACUGCCGUCCCCGCGGACACCACUGCAGCUCUCCUUCCCCUUCCUGAGGGAGGGCAGCCGGGUCUGGGAGAGGGAGAGGAAGCCGCCGCAGCCCGGAGAGCCGCCGAGCCCACUGCCCACCAAACGCACCCGCACUUACUCGGCGACAGUACGAGCAAAAUCAAGUCCAGUGUUCAAAGGGGUGUGUAAAAACUUCUCCAGGUCUCAGGGUCAUGGAUUCAUCCGUCCUUCUCAUGGAGGAGAGGACAUCUUUGUCCACAUCUCCGACAUCGAUGGAGAGUACGUGCCUAUGGAGGGCGACGAGGUCACAUACAAGGUGUGCCCCGUCCCCCCCAAGAACCAGAAGGUCCAGGCCGUGGAGGUCGUGAUCACUCACCUGAAAGCGGGCACCAAACACGAGACCUGGUCCGGUCAGAUCAUCAGCUCGUAGCUUCAGAGCUGCUGCGCCCGUGGGAAACCUGUCUGGGAAAGGACUUGGUCUGAGGACUGGAGAUUUGUAUCAGCCUGAGUUGGCGGAGGUUUGAGUAAGAAGGUGAAAGGUUAGGACUAAGCUGUGAAUGUAUACGUUUGAAUGUUUAUAGUUUUGUUAUUUGGGUUAAAACAGUUGGGGGUUGGUAAGUUGCAGCUUUGACGGAGGGAAUAUUGGGUGUGAGAGAAGUUAGAGAAGUCGUUGAUGAGCUAAAAAUGAGAGGGGAGGUAGAUUUGAGGCCAAAAUACACUCAGAGCAAAUUUGAAAACAAUUCAGCCAUAUUGACUCUCCUUGUGUGUACUUUUAUAGGCGACCAGUGCAGGAGAGUUUUGAAUUUUACUCCCACUUUUAAUUUAUUUAUGAAGUGGUAACCAGUCGUGAAAAACGACUGUUUUCAAACCCUGAGGUUUGCCAUUGUGCUGUCAAUCACACUGGUGUCCACUCACAUGUGCAGCGCUUUAUUGUCUUUUUUUUCCCUGUAAUUGACAAAACUGACAUUGUGCGCUUUUAAAGAAAAGACCUGAUUGAGACGAUGAACUCCUCAGGAAAAACGUUUACCGACGCUGUAAAUAACGUGAGAGUGGAGCCCCCCCCCCCCCCCCUAGUGGCUGUUCCGUAUAUUCUUAUUUUAUAUACUGUCUACAAUUUGUUUUACCGUUUUAUUGCGUGCCACCACUGCCAAAAGCCCCAAAAAAGUCAGGUGUUUGAUAGUUUUCACCUCUGGAACAAGGAAUAAAGGGAACACUUUUAUAAUUGCCUUCAUCUCACUGCCUGCAUUAGUGUAAGUCCAGCGAUCAGAAAGUCUGACACACUGUUGUUUAUCAGUUUAAGAGCUGUGAUAAAGAAUCCCUCUCCUUCUUUAUAUUGUAGCAUUGUAUUUUCUCUCUAUCGGUGAAAUCCAGUCUUAUUGUAGCUGCCUCCAGCUGUGACGGUCAUGUGAUCCAGACAGUUGUAGUGGUCGGAAGAAAAUGUUCCAGAGGAGAACAUCAUCUAUAGAUUUACUUGAAUUAAAACUUGUAAGGAGGAAGAUCAAACUCUGGAUCAUCUGUUUUUAAAGGCCUUUGCACAUCGACCGCGAAGCAAAUAAAGCUGUAGAGACAUGUCCGCUACAUACUCUCUCUAUUGAUGCGUUACCACGAUAUAGUUCUAGCACGACUCGGCUCGCUUCUACUUCUUCUAAUAAAGACGCAAGUUAGCCAAGAAGCUGAAAAACAUUUCUUUAUGGGGAAAAAAACAGGUGGCAUCACCUUAUGUAAUAAAAAAGAGUAAAGAAAAGAAAGCAAACACUGCAGAAAAAAUGUUAUACACCGCUUCCCUGCUUUGGGUUUGACUUUCAUAUUAUUUCUGUCUGAAUAAAUAAAAGCAAAAUUUCAUCACUGAUGAGAAAACGUAGAGUGACACACCUGGUGUGCAAAGGCCUUUUUAGAGUGCGAUGAAAAGAGUGCUUUUUUUUCCUGUAUCAGAACUUUACUUGAAAGUGUUGUUAAGAUCAAAUAUCUGCAGUAUUUGCCACGGAUUAAAUGAAUAACGUAAACGUGAAAUCAGGAAAGAAGAGGUGGGUGAAGGCUGAAGGUUGAGUAACGAUGACGUUAAGAAGAUUAAAGCGACAGCAAAUUAUUAUAAUUAUUUAUUUAUUGACUUAUUUAUUUUCGUUUGUAGCUGUGAUGGCGUCAGGUGCUCGAUGAUUGAAAGCAGGGUUUAUAAGAUAUUCUUGUGCAAAUGUAAACCUUUUUGCAUUCCUCGCUGUUAUUAUACAAAAAAAAAAAACCUGUCACAUCUUGCAACUGUCAAAAUCCUAACACCAAUCCCUAAUUUCUACAUAAUCCUCGUCUAAUUUUAUUUUGAAAAUAACAAGCAGCUUUGUUGUUUUUAGAGCUGGGAAUGUUCUGUUCUGCUCUGUUGUAAUUUCUAACUCUUAACUCUUUCGUCAUGCAGUAAAUGUCAAAGAGUUGUCGUCAGGUCUCUUAUGCAUUUUUAAUUUCUCACCGCAGGACGACAGAAACACGCCCCAUUGUCAAAUCUCUGUGAGCGUCGUGAGACAUGAAAACGAAGUUUAAAUAAAACUUACUACUGUAUUCACAGA